UCUCUCUGGGUGUCACUCGCUCUGGUUGCCCUCCCCCUCCCCCUCCCCCUCCCCCCAUCACAUGGUCUUCUUCUUGGUUUCUACAUUUUUCAGAAACAAAGAAAUGGGGGCUACCCCUGAAUUCUCUGCUGCUUUUCGUUAGCUUUUCGUUCACAGAAAUCCAUCUGUAAAUGAGUUAACUGACAUUCCAAUGGAGGUUCUUGCAGACUUCUUAUUUUAUUUGGGGCUCUGCAUUCUUGAAACUCUCGUCUGAGCAAGCACCAUCGUUUUCGGGGUUUCUUUAUCUGAUUAGUUAAUUACCACCCAACUGAUCUCUGGGUCGUUGUUGGUUCCCGUCAAAGAUUUGACCUGUCCGUGACGUUACUUGACUAAGGUGGGCAUAAUGGAAAAGCGCAAAUGGCUGUGGAAGAGGAAAUCCUCUGAUAAAAGCCCCGGUGAUAGCGAGAGUUCAGAAUCAAUUUCUUCCCCUUCUGAGAAAGACUCUGAUGGUCAGGAAGCAUCAAAGGCAUCUCCUAGUCAUGACAGUCAUUCCCCUGCAGUCACUUCUAGAGCUGGAAUGGCUGAAAAUAAUGUCAAUGAAGUCGUGAGGGGUUUGGCAGAGAAACUGUCAGCUGCACUGGUGAAUGUAAGUGCCAAAGAGGAUUUGGUAAAGCAGCAUGCUAAAGUAGCCGAAGAAGCUGUUGCAGGCUGGGAAAAGGCUGAAAAUGAAGCAGCAAUUCUUAAGGAAAGACUAGAGGUUGCAAUACAGCAGAAGAUAUCAUUGGAGGAUAGGGUGAGUCACCUUGAUGGGGCCCUAAAGGAAUGUGUUAGGCAGCUGAGACAAGGUAGAGAGGAGCAGGAACAUAAGAUUCAUGAAGCAGUAGUGAAGGCUACAAAGGAAUGGGAGUCGACCAAAACUGAACUCGAAAAUCAAAUCCUCGAGUUCCAAAAGAAAGUGGAUGCCUUGGAAAAUCAACCUCCCGCGGAUGCUGAUCCUUAUCUUUUCCAAAAGCUUGAACUUUUGGACCAAGAGAAUUCUUCUCUGAGGCUCGAGCUCCAACAACAAAAUGAAGAGUUAGAGAUUAGGACAAUCGAGAGGGACUUGAGCACCCAGGCAGCAGAAGCAGCAAGCAAGCAAAAUCUCGAGAGCAUAAAGAGAGUUGCCAAACUUGAGGCUGAGUGCCGGAAGCUAAGAAUUGUGGCUACUAAGUCACCCUUGCGUGCUGAUAAUAAAUCUGCCACUGCUUCAUCAAUUUAUGUUGAAUCUUUGACAGAUAGUCAAUCAGACAGUGGCGAUCGGUUUAAUAUCGUGGAGAUGAGUAAUGCGGAGACUGAAAAAAGUGAAUUGGGCCGCUCUGACACAUGGGCAUCCGCCCAAAUUGCUGAACUCAAUCAAUUCAAAAGUGAAAAAGGUGUUGACAGAACAUCUGUUGAGAUAGACCUUAUGGAUGAUUUCCUUGAGAUGGAACGGCUUGCUGCUUUAGCUGAGGUUAGCAGAGAAGGUUCAGAAGCAGUUCCAAAGGAGAGCGUUGAUGCUAGAAGCUCUGUAAGAGAGGAGCUUGAUAUUGCUGUCAAUCAUGCAGCAGAACUGGUAAAGAAACUAGAGAAGCUGGAAAAGGAGAAAGCUGAACUCCACAUGGCUCUAGCUGAGAGCCAAAUCUCUAUUAAUGCAUCAGAGCUUCAGCUCAGAGCACAACUUGACAUGAUGACUAACAGUAUGAUCGAAUUGGAAGCAAAGAAAGAGCAGCUGGAAAAGGAGAAAGCUGAACUCCAGAUUGCUCUAUCUGAGAGACAGAUCUCUAUAAAUGCAUCAGAGAUUCAGCUGAAGGCAGAACUUUAUGCAGCGAUGAAUCACACGAUCGAAUUGGAAGCAAAGAAUGAGCAGCUUGAAAAGGAGAAAGCUGAACUUCAAAUGGCUCUAGCUGAGAGCCAAAUCUAUAUUAACGCAUCAGAAGUUCAGCUGAGGACAGAACUUGAUGCAGCGAUUAGUUGUACGAUUGAAUUGCAAGCGAAGAAAGAGCAGCUGGAAAAGGAGAAAGCUGAGCUGCGUUUGGCUCUAACUGCAACUGGUGACUCUCGCGAGGCAUUGGAGCUAAAACUGAGUGAGGGUCUGGCAAAGAUAGAGGAGCUACAAAAGGAGCUAAAAAUGGCCAAUGAGGAGAAGCAAGCGGUAGAGUCUCAACUCAGGAAACUGGAAAUAGAAGCUCGGGUGAAGGACACUAGGGUUGGUGCGUUGGAGGAAGAGGUGAAGAAGGUGAGAGCAUUGUCUGACGAACUUAUGAUCAAGUCUGGAGAACUGGAGGAAGAGUUGGAAAGAAAGAAAGAGGAGCUCGAUUCCCAGGGGAUCGCAAGCUUGAACGGCCAAUCAAAGAUAAAGCAGGAGGAUUUAGAUGUGGCCGCCGGAAGACUUGCGGAGUGCCAGAAGACGAUAGUGUCUCUCAGAAAGCAGCUGGAAUCUCUGGCAACACUCGAAGAUUUCCUUAUUGAUACAACCAACAUACCAGAAUUGACAGCAGGAGGGUCUGUUGUUUCCAGAGCCAAUGGUGAGAUGUGGAAGCUGCAUUCAAACAGAACUUUUUCGCCUAAACGAGAUGCAAAUUCUCUCAAAAUGCCAGGUGACAGUCCGUGUCCUUCAUUGAAUCCGAGUGAUACUGUAAAGUCGCCAGCAUCUUCAUCAUCAUCAGUUUCAUCUGCUGUGCCAUCGGCUCAAGUUAGCUUAGAGAAGAAUCGAAAUGGAUUUGCCAAAUUCUUCUCCCGAACUAAAAACGGAAUUCAGCUGGAAAUCUAGGAAGAGGGAGGAAAGAUGAAAACGUCAGUACAAUAGUUCCAAGACAGCAGUUACAAGUUUUGUGUCUUCGGGAUUGGCUAACUUUUGCUGUUAGCCACAUUUAAGUAUUCUAUAUCAUUGCUUCAGCAAUACACGAAGGGUAUCUACUGCAGGAAAUGUAGAUGUGAAGAGGAGCCAUCUGUUUUAGUGCUGUUGUUUUGCUACUUUUGUUGGCCAAAUUUUCGCGUUAGCCUAUACCCCACUCUGACGGACAAUUGUAUCUGAUUGGUGACUCAGGCGUAUAUAUCAGAAUUAGACAGCCAUUGAUACUUUUCGUCGUGUGA